AUGGAUCAUGAAAGCCUUCGCACCGCAUCUACAUAUUUGAACAACUUGCUGCUUGCGCGGGGUCUACUCCGCAACAGUGAAACGAUCGACUUCGUCAAGCCGUCGAAAGAAAGCCGCGCGCAGAUCAUCAACCUCGUGCACGACCUCAUACUGCGUGAAGACCGUAACAAGGAGCAGCGCGAGCAUGUCGCGAACACCGUCCGCGCUCUCCGAACUGAGGAUGCGCGAAAGACCACCGAGAUUGAGAAGUUGAAGGAGAAGUGCGAGGCUUUGGCGCGAGAUGCGGUACAGGCACGCACCGCAGAGCGCACGGCGAAGGAGGAGUGUAAGAAGGUCGAGCGAGCUAUGAAGAGUCUACAAGAUCAGGCGGGCAAGCUGAAGGCGAGUCUCGCGCAGGUGAAGACGCAAUGCGCGAAUGAUGUCCGUAAGCGAGAUUCAGAGCUGGCGCGGCUAAAGACGCACCUCCAGGGCCAGCAACGAGGCAACAAGGUUGGCGUAACGGCGCCGAGCAUCACCAUUGUAGGUGGCGCGCGGGCCAAGCCAGCUUUCGACGCUUCGGUCCAUGACCUCCGCGACCCGGCGUACAGUUUAAAGCAAGAGACGACCGAGUUCCUGACUCAGCUAAGCCAAAGCCUGAGCGAUGAGAAUGACAGCCUGAUAUCGCUCGUGCGCGGUGCGCUAGAGACACUGCGCGAGCUGCUUGGCGUGUCUGCCAAUCAUGCAAAACAUCCAGACAGUGCCGUUGGCAGUAUGGGUAGCGACCAAGGCAGCAGGCAGACCAACGGCCAGAUGCUGCACGCACUACCAACUUCAUACGAAACUUUAGCCGCGGAUGUAGAAAGUGCCCUGACAGAGCUCAAAACGAUCCUCAGUAACCCAAGCUUCGUGAAUGUGGAGGAAGUCGAGGUGCGCGACGAGGAGAUUGCUCGCUUACGUGAAGGCUGGGAGCGGAUGGAGGCAAGGUGGAAGGAUGUCCUGCUGAUGAUGGAGAGCUGGCGCCGGAGAGUGGAUACCGGCGACACAAUCAAUCUUGACGAUCUCCGGAUGGGUAUGGGCCUG